GCUACACACACAUAACCGGCUGAAUAGAGCCUCAUUUCCUAUGCGAUCUACAUCUUAUCUUUCCCUAGAUGUUUCAUUUAAUAAGAUCACGGGUAUACUAGCCAGCAUGUCCGUCAAUAUAUGGAACAGAUUUUCAAGUUUCUCGAACGUGUCUCGUCGCAGCACCGUCACGCUCGACCCUCACCUCCGGGUAAUUUCAAAUGACAAGUGUCAAUUUCGUAGCUGUUUAUCUGUGCCAUAUCUCGAAAUAAAAGAGUGACCAUGGUGUCAUUUUUCGACAUUGUAUCUCACAUCUUAAUAUGUUAAAUUAGCGUCAAGUUACGAUCAAUCUACUGACGGAAUCUUGGCAAAUUGUAUAUUGUAUAUCUAAACAUAAUACCGUCAACAUGGGCUAUUACGAGACCAGCUUCUACGGGUUGCUUUCCCUAUGUGCAGGUCUGCUUGCUUCUCAACCCACCCGGCGGAAUGAGUUGAAGAAGCGUCCCGAAUUACGAAAGCAGGUAUCGCGAUAUGAUGUGCAUCCCGAAACAAACUGGUACAAGGCCUACGCUCUCGUUAUGGGCGCCGACUGGCUUCAAGGACCGUACCUGUAUUCCCUGUACCGCGAUGAGCAUGGCGUGUCUGAACGAUUAGUAUCUACUCUCUUCGCCACAGGUUUCUUAUCCAGCGCCAUCAGUGCAUGCUUCAUCGGGGCCUUAGCAGACAGACAUGGCCGUAAGGCAACCUGUAUGAUAUUUUGCCUCCUUUACGCCAUGUCGUGCUUUUUCACCGUCAUUCCAUCCAUAGGAUUCCUUUUUCUAGGACGUAUCCUCGGUGGCAUCAGCACAAGCAUCCUCUUUAGUGUCUUCGAUAGCUGGAUGGUAACCAACUUCCGGGAACGUAAACUGGUCGAACAUGGAUGCGACCUGUCUAGGACUUACGCUACCACCAGUAUCGUUAACAGCCUUUCGGCAAUUGUGAGCGGAGUUGUCAGUGAAUGGCUUGUGAGGGUGACUGGUACCAAAAAGGCACCAUUUCUACUCAGUUCUGUUUUACUUUGGAUGGCCCUCCAGCACAUCUGGGGCCAUUGGGUCGAAAAUUUUGGUUCAAAAGCUUCAGAAUCUUCAGACAAGCCUAAGACGUCCAAGCUCUGGUCUACAUUGAAACAACCAUCAAUCUUAGCUCUCGGCUUUGCUUCGACCAUGUUCGAGGGAUCCAUGUAUCUCUUCGUAUUCUUCUGGACGCCUACCAUCAAGUCCGUACAGAAAUCUACAGGACAGCUUCCUUACGGCUACAUCUUCUCCAGCUUCAUGGCGUCAUCAAUGGCAGCAGCAUUAAUAUUCAACAUUGUCAUGCAGAAACGGCCUUUUAAGUAUUCCCGCCUUCUUAUCGGAAUCCUCCUAGCGGCCAAUUUCUGUUUUGUUAAAUUAGCUGGCCCCAAAACCGAGGAUGCUACUUUCUGGCUCUUGUGCCUUUUUGAAGCUUGCGUUGGUAUGUACUGGCCCUGUACCGGCUACUUGAAAGGACGUCUAGUAGACGACGAUGUUCGUGCCAAGGUUUACAGUAUCCUACGAAUCCCCUUGAAUAUAUUCGUCGUCGUGGCACUGUCCAUUGCUGGUGACAGCCAGCAUUUCGGUAAAGUGUUUUCAACAUGCUCGAUGUUGCUAACGGCAUCUUUUGGUGCAAUCUGGGCAGCAAGUCUAAAAGAGGACAUGCCUUAAGACAGGGUGUGGUGGAAAGCGUUUCAAGACGUUCGAUUUCGGAGGUUGGUUCAAGUCAGUUUGACUUCAGCGGUCAAGUUUUCUAGAGCCUGUAUAUAUGCGCGCCUUAGACCUAAAAGUUAUUGCUUA